UUCCGUUUGCGUUUGGAUUCCUCGUCGUCCUCGGACUCCGACAACGACAAGCGGCCGUGCCCCUCGGCGCCCGCCGCCGAGGUCAAGCCCUCCUUCUCCGACUCCGCAGCUGCAGCGGCCGCCGAGGCUAAGGCCAAGGUGUUCCGCCUCUUCGGCCGCGAGCAGCCCAUCCACAAGGCCCUCGGAGGAGGCAAACCUGCUGAUGUAUUGCUGUGGAGGAACAGGAACAUCUCUGCUGGAGUACUUGAUGGUGUCACUGCAAUCUGGAUCCUCUUUGAAUGCCUUGGCUACCAUCUUCUGACCUUCAAUUGCCAUGGUCUCAUAUUCUCUCUGGGUGUUCUCUUUCUCUGGUCUAACGCCUCCUCGUUCAUCAACAAGUCUCCCCCACGGAUCCCAGAGGUGAUCAUUCCUGAAGAUCUGGUUGUCAACAUUGCACUAUCUACUCGCUAUGAGAUCAACAGGGCCUUUGUCAAUCUUCGCCAGAUUGCUCUUGGUCGGGACAUAAAGAAGUUCCUUAUGGAUGCCGCAGCAGGUGGCAGUACCAUGGAGAUGAGGAUGCGGAACAGUGGGUGUUCGCAGGGACGUACGCGGAUGAGCUCUUUGAAAAAGAGCUGGCUCAAUGCUACAAUGGAUAGAAUGAAGAUUUUAUGUUCCCAUGAGCCACAUUGCAUAAAUUUGCAAGAUGGUUCAGCAUGGAGUUUACAACCAAGGGAUGGGCUACAUGCAACCACAGGUUAUGUAUCCUACUUCUAUUUGUUAGUGAAACAAUGCUAUAGUAAAUCUCUGAUACUAAACAUGUCACAAAAUUUCAAACACUACAUUAUUUCACUGGCAAUUUUCUCCCUGUACACAAUCAGUAUCACAAUGGGGAUACCUGAAGGGCAAAAACUGAAGACAGAAGCAAUUUAUGUUUUGGGUGCAUUGAGUUUACACAAGGAGUGCAUGUGGGACUCCUCUCAUCCAGGGGGAGCUGCUAGACUAUCAAUAGCCAUCGGUGUCUACAUUAUGUUCUACGAGUACUUUUGUUUUCAUUUCUUAGCAAUGUAAUCGCCUAUGCUGUAACCGUAUGUUCCAAACUCUUUCUUCUUAAAUGAAAGGCAGUGCUCCUGCCAAUGUUUUGAAAAAACUGUGGAGCACCCUCCUGGAGUCCUUCCCAGUACAA